ACGGUGAGUCGGGGAUAAACACUCCGCGACGGUGGCGGCUGCUGCUCUUCUCCGGGUUCUGUCACGGUGUCGGCGGUGCCCAGCUCACCGGUCCCCUCCCCCUUCCCGCGAGAGUCGUCGCCAGAGAAGCUCUCUCAACCCUGCUCUGUGGGGUCCACAGCGGGGCGCGGGUGUCCGGCGGCGGCGAGCCCGUGGGCAGUGGGGGUUGGUCCCGAGGCUCCGGCCCCCGGUGCAGAAUGGCGGCGGCGGUUCGGAUGAACAUCCAGAUGCUUCUGGAGGCGGCCGACUACCUGGAGCGGCGGGAGAGAGAAGCUGAGCAUGGUUAUGCCUCCAUGUUACCAUACAAUAACAAGGACAGAGAUGCCUUAAAACGGAGGAGCAAAUCCAAGAAGAAUAACAGCAGUAGCAGAUCGACUCACAAUGAAAUGGAGAAGAAUAGACGGGCCCACCUUCGCUUGUGCCUGGAGAAGUUGAAGGGGCUGGUGCCACUUGGUCCGGAAUCAAACAGACACACUACGUUGAGCUUAUUAACAAAAGCCAAAUUGCACAUAAAGAAACUUGAAGAUUGUGACAGAAAAGCCAUUCACCAAAUAGACCAGCUGCAGCGAGAGCAGCGGCACCUGAAGAGGCAGCUGGAGAAACUGGGCACCGAGAGGAUGCGGAUGGACAGCACUGGCUCCGCCGUGUCCUCCGAGCGCUCGGACUCCGACAGGGAGAUCGACGUGGACGUGGAAAGCACGGACUGUCUCACAGGCGACCUGGACUGGGGCAGCAGCAGCGUGAGCGACUCGGAUGAGCAGGGCAGCACGCAGAGCCUGGGCAGUGACGAGGGCUACUCCAGCUCCGGCAUCAAGAGAAUAAAGCUCCAGGACAGUCACAAGCCGCGUGUCGGGCUCUGAGAGAGAGAGAGAGGGUGCUCGGCUGCCUCCCGGACGGCUCUGAUUAGGUAGCGUAUCGGACCUGCCCACAGUCCCCUUGCACGUCACCUUCCGUGUCCCACCUGCGCCAGCGUCAGCUUUGUACAAGUGUUCAGGGGAGCACUUAGGAUCAUGGGUUUCUGAGUGCAUCCUCUAGCUUCUCUCUCUCUCUCUCUCUGUACAAACUCGUCUCUGAGAGACCGUACAUUCCAAUCGAUUUGAAGCACCCAAAAAUUCUUAGACCGAAAAAGCAAUUCUCACAUCUCGGCCAUCUCCCCCUCGUGUGUACUGUCCCCUCCCUAGUGUCUCCCAGUCCUUUCUUCCAGUUUGCUGGCUUCCUACGUUCCUUGCCCAGCAGAAAUGUCCGAGCGUGUCUCGUGCUUAGGAAACUGAAGGAAACAAACUUUUCAAGUUGAGAUCCUGAACUCAGAACUCCAAAGUAAGCUUUGAAAGUGGCAUUUAAGAGCACUUAAGCCUGGCCCGCACCCCCAGGGAGGAGUCAGGGAUGCCUCCAGCGCCCUCCCUGCACGCACAGCCCGCGCUCACGCCCCCGACCCACGUGCGGACGGAGCAGUACUUGUGACUCUCAGCUGGACACCCGGCGAGCGCGUCUUUGGGGUGGCCCAGCCCGUGGAAGGUCCAGCAUUGUCUCUUCGCACAGACACAACGGUACAAUCUGUUUUUGUGCGCCGUCCCGGGGACCGUGCCGGGUACCGCUCUCCUCGAGCCACGUUCCCCUCAAAGUUGGUCAUCCUACUCAUCUCUGGAAUAUUUUUUUUUCCUACCUCAGAGAUAAACGAGAUCUCCAUUUCCCACUUAACGCAAAGUGAUUAUGCUCUGGUUUUUUUUUCCCCCAAAUAAGCGACAUUUGGUCCAAUUCUAAUCUAUUUUCCUAUUUAACUUUCAGCAAUAACUGAGCUUUGGGACUAGCUGAGCUAGUGUCCAUCAUCAGUGAAAGGAAAAAUCCACAUUUCUACGCCCUGUUGCAGGUGAACAGGAGGGGAUGGUACCCUGUUACUAGAAUUCCUCUCCUUCCCACUUAUUUUUGGACACACCCGGAAACUUCUUUAUGGAGGCUUUUGGGUAGAUAGUUUAAAAGGCCGAUUUUCCUUUUUGGUUAUGGUUUCUCCCUCAAGUGGUCCCCCACUUUGUAGCAUUUUUAUUUAAGCUAAAACAGAGCACAUGUAUAUGUACAUAAGACACAGUAAAUCUAUAAAUACUAUUUAUUCAUUUUAUAUAAAACUAAUGUAAUGGGAAAGAAAUUCUUAUGACUUUGUGCUUUUAUAGAUGUUCUAGAAACUUUGUAUGUAGGUAGCUACGAAAUUGGUUCACGCCCCUUAAUAUUUUAGCAUUCAUAUUUUUGAGGUCUCAAUGUUUUCAGCCUCUGGCGAAUCUUUUUCAUUGAAUUUGAACCAUUUGUAAAAUCUGUGACGCUGAAACAGAGUGUGUCACAAGGUGAUGACAUUCCUAGGCUCCACAGACACACUGCAACCUUAAGGGCUCAACGGCUGAAGCAGUGGCAGGGCAGCCAGCGGGCUCCCCGGGCCCGCGGUCCCCAGCCCGCCCAGCCUCCCACUCCUCAGCGCCGCCUCCUUCCCCACGACUCACAGUUCAAACGCACUCCACGCGGAAGCUCAUUCUAGACCCCAAGAGAGUCUAAACAAAGCAAGGUUACUUCUGUGUUUGGUUUUGCUUUUUAAUGAUUCUUUGCCGUAUUGAAACAAAAUCUUUUUGAUUGGAAGUCGCAGGUUCCUAAAUGAUUCCAAAGUCAUCUGUCAUUCUUCUGGUUUUGGUCUGCUCUGGUUUUUCUCUUAGUUGCCGCUUUGGGGAGGGGGAGGGGCAGGUGACACAAAGGAGGUUUUUUUGUUUUGUUUUGUUUCUAAAUCGUUGGAAUCUUUUCCAAUUACCAGCUGAAGAUUUGCACUGAAAUACAACUUGUAUGCCUUUUGCAUUUUUAAAGCCUGCUUCCUGAAUUUAAGCAGAGUGAUAGUGUUCAAAAGAGCCAGCUCAGCCUGAAACAUGUUUGAAAAAGAUAUAGCUGCACUUUGAGGUCCCUUUUGAAUGCCAUUCGCUGGACCUCAAGCAUUUUGUUUAAUCGCUACGUUCAAGCGCCUCACAAGUCCACGAUGCUGGAUGCUGUUUGGCAUCGAAAACUCCAGACUUUGGGCAAAGCUUGUGGGCUUGCACUGGGGGGAGGGAAGGGAACAAAACUUGUGUAUCUGUUUGUUUAAUUUAGAAAUAAGGCAUCUGCGAGAUGCCGUUAUUUUCUGUGUUUUAAUUGUUGUGCCUUUGAGUUAAACUGCAUUUUUGUCUUUUGGUUGAAAUAUGAAAUGUACUGUCCCAAUAUAAAAUAGUAAUUAUUUGACCUUUGCACUGUUUGUCUGGUCCUUUUCAAUUUGAUUGCAUAUAAAUGUGGAAUUUGAUAGAUCUCUAUAUUUUUAAUGCACUUGUGAUAAACUGACACCAGGGUUAGACAUGCCUUUCAGAGCUCGAGGUAGACCGAGUCGGCGUGCCAGACAGGCCUCUCUCUAACCAAAACUGUAACCUUCAGGACCAGCAAACUCAGCCCAAGGCAGCUAACCCCCUUCCCCUCGUGGCUGAUCAGCAGCCCUGAUGCACCAACCUGUCCUCUCAUUCACUGAUCCACCAGCAUGACUGUUAAGAGCUAUACAGUGGUUUUGAUUCUGUUUGUUUUUUUUUCCUUUUUUAAGCAAAAUGAAAAAGCUUUCUUUUAGGGUUGUUGUGGGGAGGGGACGGGCAAAGAUAUAAACCCCAGCCUUUAAGACUUUGAACUCUUGUACGUAAAUAUAGAUGUGUGUAAAUAUAGGCACAUGCAUAUUUUUAUGUGAAAACUCGUUUUAACUAAAAAGGAAUCUAAACUACACUCUUAUUGAUACCGCUGCAAUGCAGAUGGGAAGAUAAGGGUACGUAGUCCCAUUUAAUUUCAUGCAGUGAGAAAAUACAUAGGUGUGCUUCUGUUAACAUCCCACGAAGCCUGGCCUCCAGGCCUGUUGGCUCAGGAUGGCAGGCGGGCACCCAGGGCAUUUGUUUCCUUUCGCUAAGCAGAGCUCUGGGCUUCAAGGUGCUCGUAGUGACUGCUGCUCCUUUCUCUAGUCACAGAUCUAAUGCUAGUGACUCAAAGAGCAGGACCUAGAUUUUCCUCCCUGUCAACCCAAAACGAAAAUCAUUUCAGUGCCGAUUCAGGACCGACCACUAAGUAGGCCCUGACCCUGCAAUCGGCCGCUUGAGCGGUUUUGGGUGGUUGUUUUGUUUUGUUUUUUUAAAGGUGGGCAUUUUCCUGUAACCUCUACUUUUUUCAAAAGAAACAAAGGGUCCUUACCUGGGUUUCCGAUGGGCCUCUCUUCUCCGUCCCUGAAGUGGCCAAAAGCAAAUCCUGGGGCGUGGGGGGUAAAAGUGUAAACUAGGUAGGGCUGUGAUGCUCAAAAUGACUGUCUUGCAAUAUUUUGGGGCUCAAUAAUGGAUUUUGUGGGCUUUCUUCUUGCCUCUCCCCAACCUUUAAAGAGAAAACUUAUUUUUGAAAAGUGUACACGUAACACAUGAUUUAGGCUUUUAUACAGUACUGUAUUGGCAAGAAUACCACUUUCCUUGUGCUUUGUAACCUGUUUAUUCCCCCGAAUCUCACUCCUUUCUUCUUCUUUCCCCAAGUUUCUUUGUCUUCCCCCUUGACCUGCCCUGUGGGCUGAACACCAGGAAGUCAGAGGCUGCAAGGCAGGCCCCUGCAUGUGAAUCUGGUCUUUUUCUAUGUCUCACUCUUGGAUGCAGUAUGCUUAGGUAGCUGGCUACUCCUGACUUUAAAAACCCUUCCCGGGAGCAGAUGACCCAAAGGCCCUUUUUUCUCAUCCUCCGUGGUCAGAUCUCUGUAGACUGUAGGUGGUUUUGUUUGCAAAGAUCCGUGGGCCUGGGGGUGGGGAUAUGCAAUUUAUCAUGAUUUUUUUUUCAUUAAUACUUAUUACAUGGAUGAUGUUCUUACCCUGUCUUCUUCUGAAAGAAGAAAUAAUUGCCUGGCACUGCUAACAUCAGCUACUGAAUGGCUGAAGAAAUUGAAUCUCUUUUGUCUUCUCACAAAAUCAUAAAGCAAGACUUAGGAAAGCAUGGAAUUCUAAGUUUUCUCCAGAUUUCACAUUUUGAUUUCUCAUGCUGUCGGGAGCGGGGUGUGGAGGUUGAGAGGGCAUCUUCACGUUAGCUUUUACCAGAGACCCAAGCUUGCCUUGGCCCUUGUGUCUGGGACUGGUGUUCUGGGAACGAUGCUGUUAACUGUUAGUGCUGGAGGCCCUCUUCUAAUGCUAAACACAGUCUAAACAGGGGAGCAGCAGACGGGAGAGCAUGAAAUUCUGUUUCCAGAUGUUCAUUUCAUUAUGUAAAUACGCCGCCAAUGUAAAUCCUGUGUCAAGACAUAGACAAUGGUGCUUUUUACUACAGUUAGUACAUGCAUUUUUAGAACUACUCCAUGUUUUAGAGAACCUUUGCUGUGUAUAUGUAAACUUCUGUAUUGUUCCACCGUUAACAAAAAAUAAAUUAUUUCAUUAUGAAAGAAA